AUUUCUGUCAGACACCAGUGCCUUCCACACCAGCAAAGGAACAUCUCUUACUAGUGACUGCAAGGGGUGGGGGAAAAGGGGGCUGGGAUUUGGAAAGAGGCAAAAAUCUGUGUCACUUUCAAAAGUUUCUCCCCCUCUCAUUUGUGUGGGCUGCAAGCUGCAAGGCUGCCUUCAGAAAAGGAGGAAAAAAAUCAGGAUUUGCACACACAUGGGCAUUUCUAAAUGAAGGAGCGAAUCUGAAAUCUGAAAUUUGCCAUUGCGGAAUCAAGAAGGAAAAAAAAAACGUCCAGGUUGCAAACAGGUUUCUUUUUCCCGGCAGUGUAUAUGUCCCAGCAGCUACCGCACACUGUGCUCCAUAUAAAUAUAGAUUGAUAGAUUUAGACACACAUGGACAUUUGUGUGUUGGGUGCAUGACUUUGCCACCCCCUCCCUCUGCUGUUGGAAGGAGGAUCUAAAGGCACAUUCACGUCUUCCUGUUUUCCUGGAGAGGUUUUUUUGGACUCUGGACACGCUUUGGGGAAGCCUGCUUUGGGACGGCAGAGGAUAUUUUGCUAAACCAGCGAGACAGAGCCGGCAGAGCAAACCAGUGACUCUUUUGCACUGAACUUUGUAACUUGUGCAGCAGCUUUGUGCAUUGAUUGUGUCUUCUGCGCCGUCGUUUGCUUCCUGGAGCAUUCUGUCUUCUGCACUGUAUUAUGGCCAUGGUGGUUAACCCUUGGCAGGAGGACAUUCCUGGUGUGCCAGGGUCUCAGGUGAACAACCCACCAGGGCUCUGCAAUCAAGAUCCAGGGGGUACCCCUCAAACGCCCACCACCCCGAAAGGAGGUGUCCCUGGUCAGGAUCCUGUUCAUUCUGGGGAUAAAGGCGUACCGAAUGUGGACUGCUUGGUGUGUGGGGACAAGUCAAGUGGGAAACACUAUGGACAGUUCACCUGUGAAGGGUGCAAGAGUUUCUUUAAGAGGUCAGUGAGGAGGAACCUGACCUACACGUGUAGGGGCAACAGAGACUGUCCUAUAGAUCAGCAUCACCGUAAUCAGUGCCAGUACUGCCGCCUGAAGAAGUGUCUCAAAGUUGGCAUGAGAAGGGAAGCAGUCCAGCGCGGUCGGAUGUCUCACCCACAAACCAGCCCAGGCCAGUAUACUCUGAACAACGUUGACCCUUACAAUGGGCACUCGUACCUAACGGGAUUCAUCUCCUUGCUUCUCCGAGCUGAGCCAUACCCGACCUCACGGUAUGGAGCCCAGUGCCUACAGCCGAACAACAUCAUGGGCAUCGAAAACAUCUGCGAGUUGGCGGCCCGCCUACUCUUCAGCGCUAUUGAGUGGGCCAAGAACAUUCCUUUCUUUCCUGACUUCCAGCUCUCUGACCAAGUGUCCCUCCUCCGUAUGACGUGGAGUGAGCUGUUUGUUCUUAAUGCAGCACAGUGCUCCAUGCCCCUCCAUGUGGCGCCCCUGUUGGCAGCCGCUGGCCUCCAUGCAUCGCCAAUGUCUGCCGACCGUGUGGUGGCCUUUAUGGACCAUAUUCGAGUCUUUCAGGAGCAGGUGGAAAAGCUGAAGGCACUUCACGUUGACUCUGCAGAAUACUCCUGUUUGAAAGCCAUAGCCUUGUUUACACCUGAUGCAGUGGGACUAUCAGACAUUGGCCACGUGGAAAGCAUUCAAGAGAAAUCCCAGUGUGCCCUGGAAGAGUACGUCCGAAACCAGUACCCAAACCAGCCAACGCGGUUUGGGAGGCUUUUGCUCCGCCUUCCUUCUUUGCGCAUCGUCUCCGCUCCUGUCAUAGAGCAACUUUUCUUUGUGCGCUUGGUUGGCAAGACCCCCAUUGAGACUUUAAUCCGAGAUAUGCUCCUGUCUGGGUCCAGCUUUAAUUGGCCCUAUAUGCCUAUGCAGUGAUGGGGCUCGUAGUGCUCCUCAGACUUCUAACACCCCAUUCAAAGUAGAAGAAGCCUUUAUCGUCAUGAAAAAACAAAGUUUUCCACCAUGGCCAGACAACUAAAAUGAUGCUCAAACAGGGUGGGGGAGCCAUUGUCUCCAAGCUUCAAAUCCAGGGCAUUCGAUGAUGGGACAUUGCUUUCAUGGACGGAUUGUGGCUUCCUCUGAAGUUAUAUUUUCCUACUUGCUGUCAAGGUAACAAAGGUCAAAGAUCUGGCAAUGAAUAAAUGUUGCCUAUCAUGACUGAGACCUCACCGAUAUUGGAAUGAGUGAGGACUUUUGGCCAUAUGAUAGACGUAUGUUCAUGGCACAUCUCUUACCAUGGUAAACCUAUGUAAAAAUCUUCUGGUACCAGCAAGUGUUCAAGUGGGGGAGAAAAAAAAUGUAAUUACUUUUGGUGUUGACCAUAUUUUCCCCCCAAAAAUUCUUCUCCUUCGGCCCUGAAAUCAGGAGACGCCUAGAAAACAUGACACUAAUGGACAAUAAAUGCCUCCUGGGUUCCGACAGACGGUUCUUUUUGAUACUGAUGGACUUACACUCACGUGCAUUGGCUACUCCUAACUCCAAAAAAUUAAAAAAAGAAAAAUUUUUUUAUAAAGUAAUCGGCUAGCACUAAAAUCUGCAACAAAAAGCACUGAAACAGCCUUGGCCACUUAAUCCCCCCAAGUUGGGGCGCUGAACAAUAGACUAUUUAUAUAAGAAAAGAAUGGGCAUUUUAAAUGUAUUAACUGCCUGCUUUUUCAGAAAUGACAUGUAUAUUUUUUCCGUUCCCCCCGCCCCCAAACCCUCCGCCCCCCCCCCCCGUGCUGUUCCUCUGCUCUUUAUUCCGAUUAUGUAUGUUUGUAAGAUAUUUUUUUGGAGUGAAUUGUGGAUUUUUGGAAACCAGCAACAUAAAAGAUUUGUUUAUUUUGUUUUUUUUUUUUUUGGUGGAUCUGAGUAAUUAUUAAAAACAAUAUCUGCUUA